AGACCGCGAGCCGCCCCGCCCAUCCUUGUUUUCGGCUGCCGCGCGUGCUUGUGUUCGCGGCGAUGGAGGUCACCACGAAGAUGCGUAUCGGUGAUCCGGUGUGGCUCCGCGGCGCCAAGAAGGGCGGAGAGCCCUUCGAGCUCGGGCAGGUCACAAAUGUGCAGCAGAAUGGCGCACGCGUGACUGUCGCCGACGCGAGUGGCGCUGAGCGAGCGUUUGACGCUGCAAACGCAGACGUAUUUCCAGCCAACCCGGCGGGGAGCACCGCGCCCGACCACUGUGGGCUAAUCCACCUCAACGAGCCCUCCAUCCUCGAGAACUCGCGGGCUCGCUACGCCUCGGAUGACAUCUACACCUACACGGGCAAGAUUCUGAUCGCGCUCAAUCCGUUUGCCAACCUAUCAUCCAUCUACAGCGAGGAGACGAUGGCAAAGUACAAGGACAAGGACGUCGGCGCGCGCGGCGCCGAGCCUCACGUGUAUGCGAUGGGCGAGGCGGCGUACAAGCACGUGAAGCGGAACAAGACGCCGGCGGCCAUCAUCAUGUCGGGCGAGUCCGGCGCCGGCAAGACGGAGACGACCAAGCACAUCAUGCGCUACCUGGCUUGGCGCUCCGAGUCGGUGAGCAAGAAGGCGGAGGGGAAGCUCGACACGCUCGCCGACGCCAUCCUCGGCACCAACCCUCUCCUCGAGGCCUUCGGAAACGCAAAGACGGCGCGCCAGAGAGCAACGCCACCGCGUACCGCUUCGCCGCCGCCGCCGCCGCCGCCGCCGCCGCCGCCGCCAUCUCGCUGCCGCCACCUCGCCGCCACCGUGCGCAACAACAACUCGUCCCGCUUCGGCAAGAUGAUGCGCCUCCACUUUGAGCCGAGCGGCGCGGUGGCGGGCGCCUACAUCAAGACGUACCUGCUCGAAAAGUCGCGAGCGGUGGCCAUCACCGACCCGGAGCGAAACUACCACAUCUUUUACCAGCUCUGCGCCGCGGGCCCCGCCGAGGACAAGGCGCCGCAUCGCGGCUCGCUCCUGGCCAGCCUCAAGCCGACGGACCUGAACAUGCUCAACCAGUCCAAGUGCAUCGAGCUCAAGGGCAAGAGCGACGCCAAGGACUAUGCGGAGACGGUCCAGGCGAUGGACACGCUCGGCAUCCCGAAGAAGGAGCAGUCGGAGCUCUUCCGCGUGCUCUCUGCGCUGCUGCUGCUUGGCAACAUCAAGUUCACCGACGACGCAAACGACAAGGCCGUCUUCGACGAGCAGCUCGGCAAGGGCGACUUUUGCAAGGCGGCCGAGGAGCUGCUCGCGUGCGGCGCCCUCUCCAAGAACCUGACGAGCAAGGUGAUGAAGGGCAAGGAGAAGCCCGACGGCCGCCGCUCCAUCUACACGAUCGCCUACUCGGCGAAGCAGGCGGGGGCCGUGCGCGACGCGGUGGUCAAGUCCAUCUACACGCACCUCUUCGACUGGAUCGUGGAGAAGGUCAACACCUUCAUCGCCGGCAACGAGUCGACCCCGUCGCUGCCGUACGUCGGACUCCUCGACAUCUUCGGCUUUGAGAACUUUGCGCACAACUCGUUCGAGCAGCUCUGCAUCAACUUCGCAAACGAGAAGCUGCAGCAGUUCUUCCUCACGCAGGUCUUCAAGGAGGAGGAGGUGCUGCACGUCAAGGAGGGCGUCCCGUGGAAGGAGGUCGAGUACCAGGACAACACGCCGUGCAUCGAGCUGAUGGAGAAGCCGCCCAACGGCAUCUUCCGGCUGCUCGACUCGCAGUGCAAGGCGCCAAAGGCGAGCGAGGAGGCGCUGUGCGAGCAGGUCAACGAGACGCACAAGAAGGGCGGCUUCCUCGCGCCGACGCGCCUCAAGCGGAUGCGGGACGGGGAGGGCUUCAUCGUGCGGCACUACGCGGGCGACGUCGUCUACGAGACGAGCACCGUCAUCGGCAAGGCGACCAAGGUUUCCGAGGUGUCGUUGCUCGAGAAGAACAACGACACGCUGCAGGAGGACUGGCUCGAGCAGCUGGCCGGCUCGGAGGUGCCGCUGCUCAAGUCGCUCUUCUCGCCCGGCUGGGAGGCCGCCCUCAAGGCCAAGAAGUCGGCCUCCUUCUCCAGCGUCGGCAAGCGCUUCGUCAACGACCUCAACUCGCUGCUCGACGAGCUCAAGGCGUCCAAGGCGCACUUUGUGCGCUGCAUCAAGCCAAACUCGAAGCAGGUCAAGAAGGAGUUCGAGCCGGCGAUGGUGCUCGACCAGCUGCGCUGCUCGGGCGUCGUCGAGGCGGUGCGGGUCAUGACGGAGGCGUACCCGACGCGCAUCCCGUACGAGGUGAUCCACGGGCGCUACGCGCCGCUGAUGGGCAAGGAGGUGCUCGACGCGACCGGCGACGAGCCGGCGGCCUUCUGCGAGGCGAUCGCUAUCGCGUGCGACGUCGCCCCCGGCGACUUUGCGCUCGGGCUGACGAAGCUCUUCCUCAAGGUUGGCUGCGGCGUCUUCCUCGAAGACCUCGCCUCGAUGGACACGGCGGUGGUCGUGCCGCUGCUCGUCGCCAAGAUCGCCGAGUCCAAGCGCAAGAAGGGCGCCGAGAAGGUCAUCGGCAACGCCGUCUACGGCUGGUUCCUGCGCAAGCGGUACAAGGAGAAGAGGGCGGCCGCCGCCCUCGCGCAGCACCGGAUGCGCACGCUCAAGGCGCGGCGCGAGUACCAGAAGUGGUCCAAGGAGCGGCAGGAGCGACUCAAGCGCGAGGCGGCGGAGCGCACCAAGAAGGAGGCGGAGGAGAAGGCGAUGCGCGAGGCCGAGGCCGAGGCGCGCCGCAAGGCCGAGGCCGAGGCGUCCGCCAACAAGAAGAAGGCGGACGAGAAGGCCGUGGCGGCUGCGGUUGCGAAGGCCAAGGCGGAGGCCGAGGCGCGGGUCGCGGCCGAGAUGGCGGAGGCCGAGGCGCGCGUCGCGGCCGAGAUGGCCGAGAACGAGGCGCGCAACGCGGCGAAGCAGAAGCUCGACCGCAAGCGCAGCGACUCGAACGUGUUCGGCUCGCAGCCGAUGGUGGAGGCCACCCUCGCGUCGCCGCGCGGCCGCGCGGGGAGCACCACUCGGCGUCCCUCGUUCUUCGACGCCGCCUCGAACGCGAACCUGACCGAGGCGCUCACCGAGGCGCAGAAGGAGAAGGAGGCGGAGAAGGUGGCCGGCGGCGGCAUCGACGGCACCAUGUCGCUCGAGAAGGCGUCCUCCAACCACGCGGUCAAGAAGGAGGAGUACUUUGACGUGCUGAUCAUCCGCGACGUGGGCAAGGGCACGCUCGGGAUCGCCGUCGACCUGUGGGAUGGCGAGGUGACGGUGGGCGCCAUCACGACGGGCGGCCCGGCCGACCGCGAGGGCACGCUCGUGCAGGGCGACGUCAUCAAGGGCGUCGACGGCUGCCCGUGCAACACGAUCGAGGAGGUGACGGGGAUGGUGCAGAAGGCGCCCAAGGACAUCCGCCUGUCGAUCUGCCGCCGCCCCGUUUCUGUCGUGCUCGAGUCGAUGAUCCGGAUGCGCAUGCCGAGCGGCGAGUGGGAGCCGUUCGCCUUCCGGCUGCUCUCGAACCGCAACAUCGAGUUCGAGAAGCUGUCACCGCCCGUCUACGCGGGCGAGAUCCACGCGCGGCUGGCGCAGUCGCUGAAACUGGUCGAGGAGCGCGGCGGUGACAAGGUGCUCGAGAUCGUGACGGGACACAAGCACUUCCAGAUCAAGUGCGAGACGAUGCUCGAGCUCGAGACGUGGCAGCUGCGGCUGCAGGAGGUCAUCAUGCUGCAGGAGAAGGUCGCCAACGUGGCGCACGGCUGGCUGCUCAAGGAGGAGCCGGCGCAGAGCGGCAGCGGCACGCAGUUCAAGCACUACUGGUUCGUGCUCUUUUCCAACGGGAUCCUCAUGUACUUCGCCGACAUGCAGCGCGCCGUGCUCGGCCAGGCGCUCGGCUUCAUCCCGGUCGAGAACUGCGUGGAGGAGACGCGCAACGCGUCGAUGCACACGAUCAGCAUCAAGUGCUCCUUCAAGACGUGGCUGCUCGCUACCAAGAGCAAGGAGAGCAUGCUGCAGUGGGCCGCCUCGCUCAAGGUUGCGGCGCCCAGCGACGCGAGCGCCAAGCCCGCCAUCGACGCGGUGCUCGCGCAGGGCUGGUGCGACCUGCCGCGCGACACGCCCGAGGGCGAGGUGUGGGCGCGCCACUGGUUUGUCCUCAAGUCGUCUGCGCUGCAAAUCUACCCCGAGGAGCAGAAGAAGGCGGCCGCCAAGGGUCCGCUCGGCGAGCCGUCCGCGUCGCUGCAGUCCACUGCGAUGAAGACGGCCACGCGCGCGCAGGGCGCCGACUUUUACAAGUGGGGCAUCGUCGUCGAGACGACGGACGGCACGCUGCUCCGCAUGCGCGCGACGGGGCAGAGCGAGAUGCGCCAUCUCCUCUCCACGCUCAACGUCAACUGCAUCCCGACGGAGGCAGUGGCGACCCUGACCGAGCAGCUCAAGGCGGGCUACCUGUACAAGCGCGCCGAGACGCGCAAGGCGAAGCCGUGGGGGCAGCGCUGGUUCGUCCUCGAGGUGAUGACGGACGCCGGCCCGGAGGAGGGCACCGUCGUGCGCACAGGGCAGCCCCGCCUCCCACUCUCUCGCGCGAUCGCGCAGCUCACCUACUUCAACAACUCGAAGGACGCGGCCAUCAAGAAGAGCCCCACCGUCAUCCAUCUCAAGGAUGCGACCAAAGUCCAGACCGCUCUCGGCAAGACGCACAAGACCGAGCACCGCGUGCUGCUCUCCACGCCCGACCGCGAGUCGGGCCUUAUGGAGCUCGGGCAUGGCGACAAGGAGGUGGCCGACGAUUGGGCAAAGCUGCUGCAGUUCUGGAUCGGGCCACCGAAGGUGGCGCAGGGCAGCAUCGGUGGCGAGGCGAAGGUGGUUCGCUCGGCGUGGAUGGAGGUCAAGUGGGAGGCGCACCGCGCCGCCGAGCUGACCGACGACGACCUCGCGCGCUCGGAGACUAUCUCCAAGAGCUCGCCCUCCUUUGCGCGCUCCUUCUUCCGCAAGAAGAAGGAGGAGGCCGAGCCGGCCACCAAGCCGUCGCGAGCCUCGGUCGAGGCCUCCCCGCCGCCGCUCGGGGCGGACGGGACGGAGGGCGCCGAGGACGCGGGCGCCGACGAGGAGCAGACCUUUGCGUGGGCGUAUGUUGCGCUCCUCUCGGAGCCCGGCUCCGGUGGCGGGCUCACGCUGCGGCAGUAUACGGACGAGGCGAUGACGACCGAGGUGGGGCGGCUCCAGCUCGGCUACCGCGUGCAGGCCGCGGUGCUCGACGAUCCGAUCGAGGACUACGAGACCGCGUUCCGAGUCGUGCCGGACGGCAAGGCUUCCGACACGUGGCUGCUGUGUCCGGGCUCGGACGCGGCGAGUGCCGACUGGAUUGCGACAAUCAUGCCCUCAGCGUAGAGCGCGGCGUGGCGCGGCUGGGUCCGCGGUGCGCGCGGCGCUGCCAACACAGAACUGUCAAAUAUGCGCAGCCGCUAACGGUGUGCGUGAAUUAUCGAUCACCGCAUCGAUGAGUGGAGUGCGCGUGCCAUCCUGCAUCCUCAGUCUACUCUCUCUUUCUCCCAGCGCUCUCUCUUUCUUUUCCAUUGAAAAAUUGAUUUGUGACA